UUUAACCUGAGAGAGCUCAGAGAGAGGAGUUUACUUUUUCAAUAUUCUAUUCAAAAUGCAGCUAUAUUAUUUGAGUUAUUACAUGAAUGAAAGAAGCACAAAUGGGGAAUACCGGCUCAUUUUGUGAUGGUUUUAUUUUUUAAUGGUUACAGUCGUCUGAAACGGGCAUUUUAUUUCUUCAAACUUGUGAUCUGUUUCAACCUGUGGAAAUGUGUGGCCUGAUUUUAUCUGACAGACCAGUCUUCUUUGCGCUCCUUCUUUUGUCACUCUGCUUCUUUGGAGGGAAAUGCGAGGUCCAAAAAUUAGAACCUUCAGCAUCAACCAGCCUGGAGAGCGUCAAACCUUUCCACAAUGAAAUUGAUCAACCCCAGGCCUUCCCUGAUGAGGAGCGGGCCAGUCUUCCUGUUUUUACAAUGGACUAUCCUCGGAUACAAGUCCCCUUUGAAAUCACACUGUGGGUACUGCUGGCUUCCUUUGCCAAAAUUGGUUUCCAUAUUUACAAUAAAAUCACAAUCUGGAUCCCUGAGUCCUGCCUGCUGAUUUCCAUUGGCCUCAUCGUUGGCGCCAUCAUGCACUCUGUUAAAGAGGAACCGCCAGCUGUACUCACAUCCAAUGUCUUCUUCCUGUACAUGCUCCCACUCAUCGUCCUGGAAAAUGGCUACUUCAUGCCCACCAGACCCUUUUUCGAGAACAUUGGCACGGUACUGUGGUAUGCGGUGGUAGGAACUCUGUGGAACAGCAUUGGCAUUGGCCUCUCACUCUUCGCCAUCUGUCAGUUUGAGGUCUUUGGAGUUCAAGAUAUCAACCUGCAGGAAAAUUUGUUAUUUGCAUCCAUCAUCUCUGCUGUGGACCCUGUGGCUGUGCUCAAUGUGUUUGAUGACAUCGAUGUUAAUGAGCAGACACACAUUGUCAUAUUUGGAGAGGGACUCUUCAAUGAUGCUGUCACUGUGGUACUUUACAGCAUGUUUUCCUUUGUGGCAGACAUGUCAGCCUUUGAAUCCACCGAUGUGUUUCUGGGUGUGGCUCGGUUCUUUGUAGUGGGGGCUGGGGGGCUCCUCUUUGGCCUUGUAUUUGGCUUUGUUGCAGCAUUCACCACACGCUUCACCCACAGUGCUCGACAAAUCGAGCCCCUCUUUGUCUUCAUGUUCAGCUACUUGGCAUACCUCGCGGCCGAGCUGUUUGCCAUCUCAAGCAUUCUUGCGAUUAUAACAUGUGCAAUAACCAUGAAGUACUACGUUGAGGAGAAUGUGUCUCAGAGGUCCUGCACUACUAUCCGCCAUGUGAUCAAGAUGUUGGCCACCAUCUCUGAAACUCUCAUCUUCUUCUUCCUGGGGGUUGUGACCAUUACGAGUGAACACGAAUGGAACUGGGCCUACAUCCUGUUCACGCUCCUGUUUGCGCUCCUCUGGAGAGGAAUUGGCAUCCUGGUCCUUUCCCAGAUCGUCAACCCAUUCCGAACCAUCCACUUCACCUUCAAGGACCAGUUCGGUUUGGCCUAUGGAGGUGUUCGAGGGGCCAUCUGCUUCGCUUUAGUCUUCACUCUGCCUGACACCAUCAACCGGAAGAAUUUGUUUGUCACUGCUUCUAUCGCCAUAAUCAUAUUCACUGUGUUCAUACAGGGUAUCAGCAUUCGUCCCAUCAUAGAAUAUAUAAAUAUCAGGAGGACCAACAAGGAUUUGGGCACUAUUAAUGUAGAAAUACACAACAGGGUGAUGGAGCACAUUGUUUGCGGCAUUGAAGACUUGUGUGGGCAAUGGAGUCACUACUAUUGGAAAGACAAGUUUAAAAAGUUCAACGAUCGCUUUUUGAGACGCAUCCUGCUUCGAGACAACAGGGCAGAGUCCAGUAUCGUGUCGCUAUACAAGAAACUUGAGCUGCAAACAGCCAUUGAUUUGCUGGACACACCUGUGGGUGACCUGAGUGCAGCACCAUCCAUUGUGUCUCUUCACGACGAGCGGAAGAAUUCUUCUCGACCAAAAAAGAACUUCCUGACUGGUGAUGUGAGGAAGAUGCAUGACAUCCUGUCAAAGAACAUGUACAAGAUAAGGGAGAGGACGAUGGCUUACACCAACAAAUUCAACCAGCCUGAAAAUAUCCGAGCCAGGGAGAUUUUGAUUCGCCGACAUGCGAGCAUCAGACGCAGCCUGCGGUCCACAAGUUUCCGUGAGAUGCCUUCUCAGAAUUUGCCUAAAUCCCAGAAAUACUACUCCCUGCAGCCCGGAGUGGAUCCAGAGAUUGCUUUUGCUCUCAGAAGACGAAGUCAUGGCAGUGGUGAAUUCGGCCGCCAACAGCCACACUCGUCAUCCCGCUCCAUAAUUCCUAUGAGAAGGCUGAGACCCAUCAAAGAGUCGACACGUGCAGUAGGUCAGCCUGAUUCAUCCCCUGAGGUGGAUGUUUUGGAUGAGAGACAUCCAAGGGGUCCGGUUGCAGCCCCGGGGAGGCUCAACUUUGAGUGGGACCAGCCUCCAGGGGAAAGGGAAGAAACUGUGGCUCCUCCCCCAUUACCAGUGCCUCCUGGCUGGGUUCCUGACAACCAGAACGCCAGGGAAAAUAGGGCUGGAGAUCCACUCCUUCGACACUUGUCACAGGAGUCUCAAAACUCUGGGAGGUCAUGAAAGGUCGGACUUGGUUAACUUAAGAACCUCUACAAACACAGAUUUCAACGGAAACAACUGACAAAUUUCAAAAGAGGGAAUAUGAAAAAUAUGCCUGUUAUAUUUGUACAUCUUGAAAAGAAAGUGUUUGAUAAUGAAGUGCGACCAUAGCAAGUAAGGAAAAGAAGAUUACAUUAACUACUGAACAGUGUCGAAAACAAGUACGUCAAUUCUAAAUGACAUCACAGUAAACGGCCACUAUUCACGGGGGAUAUGACUGAGCGCUGCGAAAAUAAGUGAUUGAUGCCUCCCUAUAAAGGUUUAUAAAUGCCUAUAGAUGCCACAAAAUGGCGGCAAAGCGCUGCUUAUGUCAAAAGUACUGGUAUUCAGUACUAAAGUAAAAGUGCUGAAGCCACUCCUUUACUUAAGUAAAAGUACACGCUUAUAAAUGUACUUAAGUAAAAAAGUAAAUCGACAUUUUUCAACCCAAUAAUAAAAUACAUGUAGUGAGAUUUUUGUAUCUCUCCAGAUGGUUGGCAUGUCUUCUCGUGGGGGCAACAAUGACAAGACAAACAAAAUUAAAAACAUGUAGGCUUAAUGUGUCAAUUUGUAAAGCGUCUUUGGGUGUCUAGAAAAAGCGCUUUAAAAAUUGAAUGCAUUAUUAUUAAUAUUAUUAUUAUUAAAUGAAAAGACAAGCAUUUAUUUGUACUAUUAAAAUAAAGUUAUAUACAGUGCAGUACAACAUAAAUAGUCAAAAAUAAAAACGGUAGAUAGGGAGGGGGCGCAGGGCUGACUGAAACUAGUUGAAAAUUAGAAAUUCUGGCCAUUUUCAGUUUGGGUUCUUUACCGUUUUAUUUUGGCAGUGGCAAAAUAAAUGUGUUGGAAACAUUAUGUUAAUGCUCCAACGUGACAUAAUUUACUGCCAGCGAGCCUCAGCUAGAAUUCAACAAGCUGGCAAGUGAACGUGUGUAUGUCUCAACUCACUUCAACAUACUUAGUUGACACCAACAUGCCAUCAGAUGUCGCCAAAGCAAUACUGGGUUUGCUAUACUGACUUCACGAAUACCAAACCUUGAAUAUGCAGGGGUUCACUGUAAAACAUUCAAUCCUACAAGAAUGCCACCAAAUAGAGUGCAGACCUUCACCAAAUCCAAGCAGUCCAAAAGAUGGAUACCGUACCGGAAUGGUCAUGAUGUCCUGUUGAUUGUAUUUAGUUUUUGUGGCUGUUUCUCAGCUCAAUGAACAGAUGAAACAUUUCAGACCGGUGCUUCACUGUAUUUGUACCUUGGAACAACUGGACACCCUAUGAAGGCAUCUAAAAUUGUGGAAACUAAGUACAAAUGAACACAAAAUCAGUUCCAAGAUCAGUUCAAAAUACACAGAGGCAUACAACUGUCUUUUUAUAAGUGUUAAGAAAAUCACCGAGUGCCACUUGCCAAGGGAGCUACAGUAAUCUAAUAUUCAAGACUUCAGCUUUUCUUCUUCUUUCUGUAGCUUUAGUCUGUCCUGGACAUUGUCUUGAGAUUCAGGACUUAUGGUUCUCUACUUUGUGUUCGGAAACUCCUCUUUCCAAAGUCUCAGGGAGAACUGCUUUCUCCUGGGACCUCCACCUUUAAAAAGAUUUGCUAAUAAAGGUGUAUGACUUUGA